CGCGAAGUGUGGCAGAUCCAAUGCUGACAUGCUGUCAUUACAGAAGCACCUUGCGGAAUCGGUGUACGUCUAGCCAGUAGAAAGCAAUGACAAGGACCGAAACAAUUGAUGUUCAUUGAAAGGAACCGGUGUAUGUCUACUAGUAGAAAGCAAUGACGGGCUAGUACCUAGAACCAUUGGAUUAUUCGCUGGUGUAUGAAAGGAGGAACUGGGCCCGGCUUCUAAAGGAGCAGAGACCAUCCAAUUUCAAUAGAGGAGACAGGUGUUCGUCAUUCGUCAUGAGCGAAAACAACACCAACAAACGCGGCCACGACGCCAACAAUCCACAAGCCAACAAGAAACCCAAGAAGACACUUGAUCGGAAAUGUGUGACAUGCUCAAGCGUCAAAUCUCGUGGUGACUAUAGCAAGAACCAAUGGGAAAGAGGGGUCGAAGGAUCCUGCUGCAAGGACUGCAUGAACAUCCAGAACACUGCCAAGGCGGCUCCAAAGCUCAGAUUUUGCUGCCGUGUGUGCAAAGAGAACGCGACCUACCACAGCUACACGAACGAUCAAAGGCAGGCUUUUGGAAUGCGUGAGAAUUCAGAACCAACUUCUGACACGGAUCAGGAGGAGGGCCCCAUUUGCGUGGGCUGCAUCCUCAAAAUGCCCCGAGUAUGCAAAAAAUGCAAAGAAACAAAACCUGUGGAUCAAUUUUCGAAAACCCAACUGAUGAAUCUGCCAAGUCGAUUUUCCAGCGUCAAUAUCCAUCGAAAUUUGACGGUUGCAAGAUACAAGUCCAUGGAUCCAACUUCACUGUGUUUGGCCUGUGAAAAGAUCGAAAUAGAAGAACAUCAAAAGGCAGAGGCGGCCAAAACGGCACAAGUUCGUGCCUAUUUGAGAAAGCACAAUGUUGUAUUUUAUGGACUUCAUCAUUCCUUGGAAGCCAACUGCGGUGCUACGGGCAAACCUGAAAGCCUGGUGGGUACCUACGACAUUAUUUACCAUCAUGGCUAUGAUAUUACUCCAUUUAUUGAAAAUCGUACCACCAAAGGAACCUGUAAGUUCUGGCUGAAGACACAGGAGGAGAUUGCAGAAGACGACAAGAAGGACAAUGAGAAGACAGCUACUGACGACAGCAGCAAUGAUGGUGAUGAUGAGAAGUCUUCUGCUAGAGACAUUUUGUCAGGUUCGAUGGAGUUUGCGAAGGAAAUCCAAAUUUCAGAACACGGUUGCUAUCAGAAAAACUUCACGCUGAGCUCUUCUGAUGGUACAGAUUUCAAAACCUGUCUUGUCAAUGACAAACACCAACGUUUUAUUGACUCUGAAUGGGAGGGUAGACCAGUCAUUUCCGUCCUGACUCAGCUAAAACGCAGAGUUGCUUGUCCGUGGAGAAAGUACGAAAUAUCUGAGCAUAAUACUCAAGAGGAUGAAAUGGUCAAGUUUGAGACCUUGGAAGAAGCGGAGGCUUUGAUAGAGAAGUACAAAAGAGGCAAUCCGAAGCAUUGGCUUGUGAAUCGCACUCCUCUCGUUCCAGAAGUGGUUCAGGAAGUAACCCAGUUUCUGAAACCCAAACCGGUGCUAUUUUUGGAGCCAGGAGAUUUGGUCCUCAGUACAGACUGGGUUUUUGACAGCAUGAGGGGACAAUGCGACACCAUUAGCAUCUUGCGUCGUCGCAAAGAAAAUUGAAAAGGAGUCAUCGUGGAGCCAUUGGAUUCACUCCUACCGUACCAAGUGCUGCUGCAGCAAAGUGAUUCGAGUCUAGGAUGCUGAGGCCACUUGAAUGUUUAUUUUGAGCACUUGAUCUCAAAGUAUUGAAUACAUGUUAUUGUAAUUAGAUUAGAUUGCAUUGUUCUAUCUGAAGCGACCAUUUUA